UUCUAAUAAUAGUAAUUGGGACACUGGCAGUAAUUGGAAUAUCCUAGAUCAACUUUAAAUUUAAAAAUCGAUAUCGAUUCUUUUCUUUCGUAUCUCGUUCAUCGACCUGCGAUAGCUACGAUCGAUACUCUCGUUUCAUAAUUUUCCUUUUUGACUCUUUUGCUUUUUACUUAUUCCUUUUUUUUAGUUUAAUUAUUGUUUUAUCAUACAUCAGAUUUAUCUUAAGAGACAGAAAUUAUGUACAUACAUACAUAUAUUAUAUACGUAGUUAUAAAAAGCAAGCUUCAUUGCGAUUACGUGUUUCUCCACGAGGGAAUUCUAACCUAACAUGUAACUCUUGACCGAUGAUGAUUUAUAACCUAGAUCUGAACUGUCAAAGUGCAAAAUGACAUGUUAAUCACGAUAUUUGGUGAUAAAGCAAUUCGCAUCUUAGUGUUAUUCGAUGUAACUCGUUCGUAAACAGAUUUAGCAAAGUUUCACGAUGUUCGAGUUGCCGGCAGAAUUGGUAGCUAAGCCUUUAGCUUUGAUAGGUUUGACUGGAUUAGACAUUGCAAAUCCAGUCCAUCGUUCUAUCUGGGAUGCAUUCAGCAAUAAUCGUAGACCAGAUUGCGCAGCCGUUCAAUUCAAGCUCCUUAGUUUGACGCACGAAUUUCCUACAGUCAAGCCAAAGCGUAGCUCAUACGAAUGGUACAUACCUAAAGGAAUUUUAAAACGGAAUUGGAUGAACAAGUACCUAAAUGACAUUCCUUCUGUAGUUGUUGUAUUCUAUGAUUUAGAUUGGAAUGACCCUCUGUGGAAUGAGAAAAAGAUGGAAUGUGCUUCUAGAGUGCAAUCUUUAAGAGCUGCCCUUGAUGGAAGAAGUACAAAAAUAGCUGUAGUAUUGAUACAACAUGCUAUUCAACCGCUUCCUGGUGCCGAGGAUGUAGUUGCAACUGAGCGUGCAACAGCACUGUGUGGAGCUUGUGAUUUAACUGCGAAACUUCUAUAUAUUCUGCCACAUGCUGAUCACUUGUUGGGUUAUAUAUCUAGGUUAGAGACUGCAUUCUAUGAUUUGGCACAAAACUUUUAUCAUCAUGAAUAUCGGAAUGUUAAAAGUCAUCGUGAUCAGCUCACUAAGAAUGUUCAUCAAUAUUUAUUUGUCCGUCAUCAAUUUAAAAUGGCAUUUUUAAACGAACUCAAGCAGGAACUGCAUCUUGCCCAAAAGCAUUAUAUGCAAGCCUACCAUAAUCUUCUGGAAACGAGAAUGACAGAUGCAAACGCAGUAGAGAUAAAAACUAUUGCUGGUUUUAUAAACUAUAAACUGUGCAGAAUAAUGUUUAGUUUGAAUCUUCCAAAAGAUGCCAUUUCUCAAUUUAGACUUCAUACAGAAAGAUUUAAACUAAAAACUGGGCCAAAGGAGCUUAUGUUUGAACACCAUGCUUGGAUGAGCAGCCAGUUCUCUACGUUUGCAGAAUUAUUCGAUGAAGCCAUUCGUCAAGGUUUGCCUGCUGUUCAAACUCAACAUCCAGGGUAUUAUUUCCAAUUAGCUGCUAAUCACGCAAGUUUACGACAGUCUGCGUGUAAAGAACUUUGCCAGCAUAUAAACAACUAUUCAGAUCCAGAUCCAUUAUUGGGUGAAGAAAAACUCGAAUUUUAUGGACAACGACCUUGGCGACCUGGAAAGUUAAGUGCAGAACCUGCAGAUACAGCUAGAGAAGCUAUUGGCAUACAAGCUUUACAAUAUAGAGAGAAGACUACAGUUAAUCAUUCUAUGAUAAUUAUUGGUUUACUAGGAAAUGCGAUAUCGCAAUUCAAGGUGUACCGUUGUCCAAGAAUGCGGCGAUUACUAGUUGUGCAAAUGGCAGAAGAGUACUUUAAUGCUCGAGAUUACGGCAAAGUUCUUACGUUAUUGAUGCACAUGUUAUGGGAAUAUCAUGGAGAACGAUGGCCAGUCUUACUCACAGAUAUUUUAAAGAAUGCACUACGAGCCGCGUAUCUGUCGACUAGUAUUCAAGAUUAUCUUACUUUAGCCCUUGAAGCUUUAGGACCUUCAACUACAUUUUCAAAGGAACGACAAACUGUUAUUCAUAAUAAUAUUAUGAAUAUACUACAGAAAAAACCACCAAAUCCAGAGCCAGAUUUACCAGAUGAUAAACAUCAUGCCAUGGAGAAAUGGAUGUUGGAAUUAAAUCGUUCAGAGCCAAAUAUUUUUACAAUUGAUGACAAUAAUAUGACAUCAUUUGUUGACCUUAAAGCAAGGUUUUUGCAACAAACAUAUGCAGUGAACACAAUGAUAACAGUGGAAGUUAUUAUAAGGAAUUCUUACUGUGGUAUGAUUGCAUUUUCUAAUGCAGCGAUAACAGUAAGUGGACCUGGUUACAAUGUUGAAAUUCCUAUCGACGAGGCUCAACAAUCAAAUCUCGUUUUUCAAGCAAAAGAAACAAAAAAGUUUUACUUUAAUUUUAAAGCGCCUCAUCAAAAUGAUGGCGUAGAGAUUCGUAUUAGUACAGUUUCCUUACAAAUGGGUGAUAAGGCGCAUUGCUGUAUUAUAUUAAGAUUUUCAGCUAUGGGUAGAGAAACAAAUUUGUUGGAUCGUUUAUAUCCUGAAAUACAACAACUUCGUGGAGGCGAGUUUGAAGCAAUAAGACCGUUAAUUCAUGCAGAGAUUAAACAGGAAGAAUCGAGUUUAAGUCUAGAUGUAGAAUCCAAUAAUCCUGCGCUUACAGGCGAAUGGUUACCAAUCACGAUAUCCCUAUCAUCUAAUGAGAGUAUUAAUGCAGUCUGUUUGUAUAUAAUACUUGUGUCAGAUGGUGGUAACGAGCAAUCAACUGAAUUAAGUAUUAAUAUGCUUACUAAAGAGUCAAAAUUAUCUGUUCUUGUUGGUGAUAUGGUAAGAGGCGCUUCGACCAAACAUAUUGUGUAUAUUAGAGCACAUAAAGUAGGCGAUAGAAAUAUCAUAAUAAAGGCAGAUUAUACUAGACCUGAACAAAUUAGAGGAAGCAAAGAAUUAACAUAUUCUUUAGCGGUUAAGAAACCAUUCGAAGUGGCAACACAAUUUUACACUACACUCUUUGAACCACUAACAAAGGGUUUUGUUAACGAACCCUUUAUCAUUAUGCCUCAUAUUACAUGCGUUUCCCCAUGGCCUAUAAAAAUUCUAAGUGCAUCUAUAGAAUUGGCAGAUCCUAAGGAAGAACAGAUUCAAAGAGAGAACAAUCUUGACAACCGGGAGUCUAUUUUAGCGGGUAUUGAACUCUGUAAUGGUGAGACAGGAACUGAUGCUUAUUGUUUGAUUCCAAAGAUAGGUGGUGAGCAACCAAUUAGCAUUGGAAUGUAUACUAUCAAGUGGAAAAGAGCAAAUGAUGAAACUGCAUUGGAGACUAGCAGUAGCGCAACUUUAGCUCCUUUAUGGGUCGAAAAUGCGGUGAUUGGAUUGGAAGCCAAAAUGCCAGCCCAUGGAUGGGUUCGAACGCCAUUCUGUAUAUCAUAUUUCAUAAAAAACCAUUCUGAUUAUCUUGUCACUUUACGUUUAGCUAUGGAAGGCAGUGAUGCUUUUAUGUUUGCUGGACAAAAACAAGUCGAUAUUUACAUAUUGCCUAAAAAUGUUCGAAAGGUUGAUUGGGUCUUACGACCACUGGUCGCCGGCUUUGUCGCUCUUCCAACAUUAUCGUUGACUGUACCUGCAGAUGAGGAACACAAGUUGAGUAAAGUACGACUAUCAGAGAUGAUUGAACGUUCAUUGCCGAGUCAUAUAUAUAUACUGCCGAAAUCACAGUCUUUAGAAGAAGAAAUAAAUUCGACAUUGGAAUCUUUUUAAAGAAAAAUAUACCUUUUUCAAUCAAACUGUAAUUUUUUGCACAGACAAAUAAGCUAAUAUAUGUAUCAUAUUUAUAUUUAGAAUUAUGAGUAUAUAUUUUUCUGUAACAAAAUUUAUUUAAAGUAUUUUAUUAUUGUAUUUAAUUAAAUAUUCUAUGAUUACAAUAUUGUACAUUUUUAACAAACACUAGUAGUAGUCGUAUUGCUAUCACGCGCCACAAUUCAUAUGUAGAAAUCGAUCAUUUCUUCAAAAAGCACUUAAGCAUUGUUACGCGUUACCGUGGAAACUAUGCUGUCUACACUCUAUAGUACUAGUAAACAUAAUCAAUGGUUUUCUUUCUCAUUUCUGUUUCUUUAUUAUAAAAUAAUUUUAGACUACAUUUGUUAAAUACUAAAAACAUCGUUAGUGUAUAUUAAUAAUUAUACUCGCAUAUAGUGGACCGCAACAGUUCCGUGAUGGCGAAGAGCAGCAAUAUUAAUAUUGAAAGUAUUUUUGAGGAAUACCUGCAAAAAGAACAGCAAUUCGAACAGGAAAUAGAAGAACGGUAUUCUGAAAUAUCUAUCAAUAUUAUUGUGGCUAAUAUUAUAUACAUGCGUAUCUUUCAUACCUUUUUAUGAUUAACAAAAAACGCGUCAUUUUUCAUUUUAUUUUGCAGUAAUAAAUUACGUUGUGAUAUUCGCAAUAGGAAUAUUCUCAACAUUUCCUACUCAUCUUCAACAAACUUUUCUUUAAACUUGGAAAAAUCACGCAUUCGUAACCAAGCUCUUUUAAAGGUUUGUUAUAGUAUUUUUUUUAAUAUAAAAAGAUAUGAAAAAUGUAUAAGAAAAUCAUUGAAAGCCAAAUUUAAAUGUAAUAUAAAAUGUAUAUAGAAUAUAGAAGCACGUGCGAUAUGUUAAACAUGUUGCUACUUUAGUAAUUUUUUAGUAUUUUUUUACUGAUAAGUUUGUAAUAUUGUUAAUGUUAUCUAUUGUUUUGUCAUUUUUUGCCAUUGGAAGUUUAUUAUAAAGUCAAUUUGAAUGAACUCUUUUCAGAAUAGAAGUCUUAAGUUACAACUUUAUUCCAUAACAUAAAAAAGCUAGAGAGAUAUCAAAGAAAACACAUGCACACAUACAUACAAUAUUAAAAUACAUAGUGAAAUGAAAUACAUAUAAAAAAUUAUAUAAAUAGAAUUUAUUAAAAAAUUUAAUUACAGAUUGUGUCUAAAAUAAGCUUGAUUUAUUAUUUUUCUUUAUUACAAGCUAAUAUUGAAAUAAUUUUUGAAUUCAAAAGAUCGAUAUUGUGAGAUAAUAAAACAAGAUGUUUAUAUAAAA